ACGGGGGAGGAGGGAGGAGGGAGGAAUGAAGAAAAGAAUCUGGACCUGGACCUGAAGUACCAUUCUUGGCUUCUCCUUCAUCAUGAACCUUCCUACAUCGCUGCUCAGCCUCUUGCUGAGCCUGACAGGUGCCUGGGCUCUUCAGUGCUACAGUUUGGAACGUGUCUUCACGGGUCCUUUUGAUCUAUCCGGCCUCUCGAUCCCCACUGUGACCUGUGGUUCACGACAAAAGACCUGCCUGGAGGCAGUGACUUCCAUGAGUACAGGUUACGGAAAAUCAGUGACCCUGGUGAAAAAGGGCUGUUCUGAUGUCAAAGACGUGAUGGAUGUAGUACCAGGCAGGAAAUCACUGCCUCCUGACUACACCAGGGUCCGUCAGUGCCAGGAGGAUCUGUGCAACCACCAGAUUGACAGCCAAGACAGCAUCCCCAACCUCAGCCCAGUCCCAGAUCCUGCAGAGCUCAGUGGCACCAAGUGUUGGGCCUGCAUCAGUACCAAGGCUGAGGACUGUGAGCUCCAGAACUCCAGCAACAUCGACUGUUAUAAGAACCAGAGUGUGUGCUUCCAGGGUCAAGGCUCCCUGAACAUUGGAAACUUCUCCACCUCCAUCUAUUUGAGGACAUGCCUUGAACCCACAUGCACGGUGACUGGGACCACCACUUUGUGGUCAAACAGCUUCCUCAAAGGCUCCUGCUGUGGGGAGAACUUCUGUAACAAUGGCUCCUACAGACAAGUGAACCACGUCACUGAUGCUCCCUCCUCCCAUGCCCCUGACCUCGUGGGUCUCCCACUGUUCCUGACCAUCUCCUUUCUGUUAGGGCCACUGAGAGAAGCCCUGGUUUCCCUUUGAUCUUGAGGCCUUCAAGGAUUUGCUGAGAGAGCCUUAAAUCCUCAAGCCUGGGACCUGAGCAGGUGCCACUGCAGAGGAGGUGAUUCUCCAGCCUCUGGGAGAAUCCAUCCAGUGAAGGGGAGCUCACUCUCUCUUGGCAAUCCAUUCUACUCUAGGCAGGGUGGGUUAUUAAGAAGGACUUCUUCCACAGAUUGGCUAACAUAACAGCAAAGGAAAGUAAUGAAUGCUGGAGGGGAUGUGGCAAAGUAGGGACAUUAAUUCAUUGCUGGUGGAGUUGUGAACUGAUCCAGCCAUUCUGGAGGGAAAUUUGGAACUAUGCCCAAAGGGCGACAAAAGAAUAUCUACCCUUUGAUCCAGCCAUAGCACUGCUGGGUCUGUACCCCAAAGAGAUAAUGGACACAAAGACUUGUACAAAAAUAUUCAUAGCUGCGCUCUUUGUGGUGGCCCAAAAAUGGAAAACGAGGGGAUGCCCAUCAAUUGGGGAAUGGCUGAGC